AUGACAAUUGAUCCAAGUAAAAUUUCAGCUGCGACUACUCCAUUUGCCCUCAUCGAUGAAUACAGUGCUAUUGAAAAUGAAAAAGAAAUUCUAUUCUCAAUGCACACUGUUUUUCGUGUCGAUGAUAUCCAGCAGGCAGUCAGCAGCAAUCGUCUAUGGGAGGUUCAAUUAAGUCUUACAGGCGACAAUGAUCCACAAUUGGCUACUCUUACUGAACGCAUAAAAGGAGAACUCUGUGGAUCCAUAGGAUGGCAUCGAUUGGGUGAUCUAAUGCUUCAGGUGGGUCACUACAAUCAAGCGGAAGAGCUCUACAACGAAUUACUCAAGAAAGCUUCCAGCGACGAUGACAGAGCACAUAUAUAUCAUAUGCUUGGAGUGAUGAAAUUGCAUCAAGGACAAUACAAAGGAGCAGUUUCAUUUAAUGAAAAAACACUUGAAAUCAAGCGAAAAACUCUUCCGGAAGAUCCUUCUUCAUUGGCUCCUACCUACACUAACAUCGGUGCAGCGUAUAGAAACAUGGGUAACUACUCGAAAGCACUUGAAUUUUACGACAAAGCACUUAAAAUACUCGAAAAAUCUCUGCCUCCGAAUCAUCCCGAUUUGGCUAGUUCCUACAACAACAUCGGUCUUGCGUAUGACAACAUGGGUAACUACUCGAAAGCACUUGAAUUUUACGACAAAGCACUUAAAAUAAGAGAAAAAUCUCUGCCUCCGAAUCAUUCCGAUUUGGCUAGUUCCUACAACAACAUCGGUCUUGCAUAUAACAACAUGGGUAACUACUCGAAAGUACUUGAAUUUUACGACAAAUCACUUAAAAUAAAAGAAAAAUCUCUGCCUCCGAAUCAUCCUGAUUUGGCUACUUCCUAUAACAACAUCGGUCUUGCGUAUGACAACAUGGGUAACUACUCGAAAGCACUUGAAUAUUGGGUGUGGGUGUGGGUGUCGGUGUAUGUAUGGUUUUGGAUGUGGGUGGGUGUGGAUGUGAGUGUAGGUAUAGGUUUGGGUUUGGGUUUCAACAUAGAUCUUUUCUUGACAACACCCACACCUACACCCACACUGAAAAAAAGAGGUACUUUCCUGAACCCUCCAAAAAGGUUUUGUAGCUGUCCAAAGGCUUCCAAAUGCGUUCAAACGUUCAAAAAAACGAUUCUAAAAAUCUACGAAACCAUAAAAGGGUCUGACCGCGGAUACACGGGCGGAACCAUCUCCUACGAAACCUUUUUCAAGUGCCAUACAGCGAAAAAACGUUUCUUAAGAAAAUACGAAACCUUUAUAGUUUCUUAGUAAACCUUAUGGUUUCGCACUAUGGUUUUAUACGAAACCAUUAUUUUUACUAGGAAACUAUAAAGAUUUCGUAUUUUCUUACGAAACCUUUUUUUCGCUGUACGGAACUUGAAAAGGUUUCGUAGGAGAUGGUUCCGACCGUGUAUCCUCGGUCAGAUCCUUUUAAGGUUUCGUAGAUUUUUGGAAUCGUUUUUUUGAGCGUUUGAACGCAUUUGGAAGCUUUUGGACACCUACGAGACCUUUUUGGAUGGCCCAGGAAAGUAUCUAUUUGUUUUACAGUGCACCCACACCACAACCCACACGCACCCACAACCACAUUCACACCCACACUUCGCACCCGCACCCAAACCCCACAUCCACACAUCCACACCAGCACCCACACCACACACCCACAUCCACACCCAUAUACCCACAUCCCAUAUUGAGGGUGGGCAUGGAUGUGAGCGUGUAUUUUCUUUUCAUGUACACCAACAUCGACUGCCACACACCAUCCAAGGCGAUGACACUCAAGUGAUUGUGGAGAUAAUCACUAAAGAAAACUUGGAAAGACAAAUAAUCCCAUGAAUGAUGUUACAGGGCUUUUUCUACUUUGUUUAUUGUUCACAGUUAUAUUCUCAAGUUAAGCUAGGUAGAGUUUACUGAGUGUCAACGAAUAAAAACACUUACAUUUGAAAUCGUAAGUCUAGAAAAAAGCAGAAUACAGCAGCUGUAUAAAUGAACAACGUGAUUUCUGUUCAAAUCAUUGCAGAUUACUCACAAUUCUAGAUUUAUCAACCAAGCGGCAUAUCAUAUACAAUAUGAGUGGACACAUGUUCAAAACAACAGUUUCUACGUCACAAAUAGAUGCCAUUACAACUUCAAGAACAUCUUCAAAUAUCAUUGAAGCAAAACAACACCGAGUUCAAGAUUAUUCGUUGAUCUGGAUAGACGGCAACAUUGAUGUGGCCAAUAAGAAUUGUCAAAAUGCGCUUGCGCAAUUACGGAGUGUCAUUAAUGACGUCCAUACUUUCACCCAAUCGGAUGAAUGCGUUGACUUUCUCACUGAAGUCGAUGACAGAAAGGUGUUCCUCGUUGUAGCAAGUACUAUGAGCCAACCAAUGAUACCUUUAAUACAUGACAUUGCGCAUCUUGACUGUAUUUACAUCUUUUCUGAGAAUGAAACGCAACACAAAGAAUGGACAGCAAACUUGCCAAAAAUUCAAGGUAUCUUUACAGAAAUUGCACAAAUUUGCGAUUCAUUACAAAAAGUCGCUCGUCAAUGCGAUCACGACGCAAUGCCGAUGAGUUUCGUUCCAAAA